AUGGGCGACAUUUUCGAAAACGCCGAGGUUAGUGUCUUCAAGGUCCCGGCGAACGUGAGGUUCGAAAUUGACGAUGUCGAGAGCCCUUGGAUCAACGAGCACAAAUACGACUACAUCUUUUGUCGAUACAUGCUCAUCUCAAUUCAAGACUGGCCUAGACUCAUAAGAAACAUGUAUGACAACGUCAACCCAGGCGGAUGGGUCGAGAUCCAAGAUAUGGACGGACUCUACUACUCAGACGACGGCACCUACACAGAUGACCACGCCACGCGCCAGUGGAACAGGCAGUACAUUGACGCCUGCGAGGCCAUGGGCCGUACCGCACGCCCGGGCCCCCAGCUCGAAGGCUGGGUCCGGGACGCCGGGUUCCAAAACGUCACGCACCAGCGGUUCAAAGUCCCUAUCGGGCCCUGGGCAAAGGACGAGUACUACGCCGACGUCGGCAUGUUGAACUUGGUUCAGCUCCUCGAAGGCCUGGAGGGCUUCACGCUGAAAAUCUUCUGCGGGUUCUUGGGACAGACCAGGGAGGAAGUCAUGGUUUUGCUCGCAAGAGUUCGGAAGGAGUUAAAGGAGGGCGCGUGCCAUGCCAUUUUUGAUCACCACGUUGUUUACGCUCAGAAGCCCUUCGAACAGGAGGAAAACAAUGGAGGGGCGCCACCGGCGGUAUGA